AUGGCAACUUUAAAGCUCAUGCUCUUUGCAUUUGAUUUAGGUUCUCUUUCCCCACGUCCUUCAAGUCUUUUUCAAUUUAUCUGCUUCACUUGCUUUCCCAUCAAGAAACUUGAACAAAACCCUAAAUCUCAAUUUAGUUUCCAUAAAUGGAUUUUAGCCGCUAAAGUUGCAAUAGUUGGAGUUUUGUUUAUGUUCCAUGUGCGAGGUUACAAAUAUAAUCUUCCUCCGGUUCUGUUAUGGGGCAUAUAUCCUCUAUAUAUGUACUUGCCAUUUGAGCUUGGAUUAACCCUCCUCAAAUCUAUGCUCACUAUCGUUCUUGGGUGCGAUCUUGAGCCAGUGUUCGAUGAACCUUACUUAUCCACCUCUCUUCAAGACUUCUGGGGUCGCCGGUGGAAUCCAGUGGUCUCGUCUAUUCUCCGGUCAGGCAUCUACUCUCCUCUGCGGGGAAGAUCCAAAAGCAAAUCUGGUUUGUCUAAAUUCAUCGGAGUAUCAACGGCGUUCCUCGCCUCUGGUCUGUUUCACGAACUUAUAUUCUUCUACACAAGCGGCCAUGAAACGCCUUCUGGGGGGGUCACUUUAUUCUAUGUGUUAAAUGGGGUCUGUACUGCGACAGAAAUAGUGGUGAAAAGGUCAGAGUUCGGGAAGCGAUGGACUGUGAGACCUGUGGUGUCUUGGAUGCUUACAAUGACAUUUAUGGUUGUGACUAGUGGUUGGCUCUAUUUCCCUCAAAUGAUAAGGGGAGAUCAGAUACGGCAAUAUACCAAGUAUGUCUUUGUUUCGUGA